AUGAGAAGCAAAUCCAUCUUAGCUGGUGCCGUUAAUGUUCCAAUUGAACCAACAUCAAAUGUUGACUCACGAACGACAAACAAUAUUGUCAUAAAGAACUAUAGUUCAGAGUGUUUGAAAGAAAAAGAACCAGAACUUAAGUCGGGAGGGCUCAAAGAGCCCAUCUUGGCGCAUGGCGCCGUGAAUUUAAACUCAGCUUCAAACGCUAACGCUACAUCAGAUGUUAAGUUAG